GUUUUAGUGUUUUAAAAAGCUGGUUUUAAAAAUUAACAUAAUUUUUAAAAAUAAUAUUUGAACCCAGUAAUUCUAAGCCAUGGUUAAAAAUGAGAUAACCAUCUUAUUGUUGGGUGAGUCUGGUGUGGGUAAGUCUACAUUCAUCAACUCAAUUGGUAAUUAUCUGGCCUAUGAGACUAUGGACGAGGCCAAGGGUCAACCUAAAUGGUUAAUACCAUGUAAGGUUGACAUCCGGGACCCUGACACCGACCAGACUCACACGUUCACGUUGGGACAAAAUAGCGAACAUGAAAACACGGACAACACUACUUUGUCGGGCACAAAACAACCACGAUCCUAUAAGCUAUACAAUAGUCAGUCGGUGAUCAAAAUUAUCGAUACCCCGGGUAUUGGCGACACGGCUGGCAUGGAAAUGGAUGAUAAAAAUCUAGAGAAUUUGUUGGACUUUAUUAGCAAUUAUCGGGAAAUUGAUGCCAUUUGUUUGCUAUUAAAACCGGAUUCCCCUCGACGUAACGUAUUAAUCGAUUACUGUUUUAAUCGUUUAUUGAGCCAGCUCAGUAGGUCGGCGUCCAAAAACAUCCUGUUCCUGUUCACCAAAUGCCGGGGCACUCAAUAUGCACCGGGAGAGUCAGCACCCGCAAUAAAAGCCGUUUUAGAUGAGUUUAAGCAAGGUCCUACCAAUAUUGACAUACCGUUUAAUAGGGAUCGAACCUAUUGUUUCGAUAAUGAGUCACUUCAUUAUUUGAUGGCUACUAAUCCGCCAAAUAAUAUGCAAUUUAAUGAGACAUUUAUGAGGAACUAUGACAAAAGUUGGCGCAAAUCAUCAGCUGAAUUAACUCGUUUAUUGAAAUUCAUAUCCAAUAUGGAUCCAUAUAAUGUGCAUGAUACAACAUCGAUCAAUAGCGUUCGCAAUCACAUUAAAAACCUAAUACAGCCAUUAAUUGAUAUAAUUAAGACUAUGACCAAGCACAUUCAUGAAUGCGAAACCCAUAAGCAACGUAUAAAAGCACUCGAAGAUGACAUAAUUGGGCUACAAGGUCGUUUAGAAAAGUCGACCGUGGAAAUGAUCACCACCAAAUUGGAGCACCCUGUACCUAUUUGCGACGGUAGCAUUGGCUGUGGCUGUACAACGCCCAGUUACGAAAAAUACGUUACCGUAGUGGAAAAGGAUUCGGGGCUGCCAUAA